AUGCCGCUUCCAAAUGGCUUUUUUAAACGAUUUAAUAUCGCCGAAUAUAUGAGAAAGAAAAGAUUGGACAACAAGGCAAUCGUGGCAAAGACAAAAAAGGCUCGUGCGACGGCUGUGAAGCUCAAAAGACUGGAUGAAAAGGUAAAGAUAAAUUACUUGUUAGUUCAGUAAAUAUUUAUCAAAUUCACACAAAUUGUAUUGCUGUAAUACCUAUGAUUAAAUAUCGUCAUAUUCACCCAGCUAAGUAUUGUUGAUAUAGGUAUAUGCCUUUAUUUCUGCCGACUGAUUUAUAAAUACUUGUAGUUGUUGCUUUUACCGACAUUUGUUUGUGAUUGGAAAGUUCAUUGUACUGUAUUUAUUAACUUUAAACUAUUCACAAUGGUGCUCAUUGUCAAUUGUGUAUGGAAAGUAUUUGAAGAAAUAUGUCAUAUUAUAAUAUAUUGCAGGUAGCCAGACUAGUUAGAGAGGUAGAGGAGGUAGGGGAGCUUGAAGGUGAAGUGGUUGAGGAGAUUAGUCAGGCAGAGGCAGAAGAGCAGAGGAAAAUUGGAUUUUCUAUUAGUAGGAAGACAACAGCGACACGACAGGCAGCACCGACUGGGACACCUGGGCACUGUAGUUCGACAGGAAGGAAGCGAAGACAGGAGACGAUGAAGGCAGCAUGUGCGAUACAUGGUGGUAGUUCCAGCAACACAACACCGGGAACAAUUGGAAUGGUGGAGACGAUAGAGACUCGGAGUAAGGAAGAAGAUAUUGUGAAGGCGGUGAGGAAGACAAAAAAGUUGAAGGAGAAGGUAUUGUCGAAGUUGUACAAGGAAGAUCUGGAAAAGUUUGAAAGUUCGAACGAUAACAUGUUGCGAUCAAUAGCAUGCUAUUAUAGUAAUGGGGUAAUGGGUAGAGCUAAGUACAGAUCUGUGUAUAGGGCUACUUCAUAUAGGAAUGCAUCAAAAACGAAACGGGCUGUGCGUAUAAAGGUUGCAAACUGCCCCUCCCCCAGGCUUGUUCCUUACCACAGGUUGAUGUUGUAUAUCAAGUCCAUUGAAAUAGGUAAGUUAUAUGAUGUGCGGGAGAUGCUCUGUGAUGGGUUGGAAGAAAGUGAGAAGGUGAAUGGUUGUUAUAGAGAGUUGGAAGAGCUGAUUUUGAAGUUAGCAGAGUUUUAUCUUAAUAGUGAUGAGUACAAGAUUUUGACAUUUGACGAGCCUAACACAUUCCAUAUAGGUUUAGGUGGUGAUGGUGCUCCUUUCGGGAAAGAUGAUACUGCAUGCUCUUGGCUGGUAAGUUUUCUGAAUAUUGGACAACAUGUAUUGAGUAGGAAUGAAAAUUUCCUUCUUUUUGGGGCAAAUUGCUCUGAGAACAGUUUGCCAGUUAAACGUUUCAUCGCAAAGCUAAUGACAGAUAUCCAUCAUGUUCAGAAUAAUUCAUAUUCUGUAUUAUGCAAGGGAGAACCUGUUGCAGUUAAAUUUGUCAUUGCGGAACUGCCUAAUGAUAUGAAAAUGCUUGCAUUUUUAGGAGGAGAGCUAACAAACAGUGCUACCUAUUUUUCCACUUUUGCAGAUGUCAGUAAGGAUAGUAUAGUUAAUUGCAAAGGAACAUUUGGUUCCCAACCUACUGACACCUGGAAGCCAUGGCUAUAUACAAAGAGGGUAAAAGAUGCAGAUGCAGUUAAGAAAUUUAAGAAGAAGCUAAACCAAAAUCUCUCUAGUAACACCAAGAGAAAUAAAGUAACAGCCUUUAUAGCAAAGCAAAAAAGUCGACAGGAAUUUGUUCCCUUAGUGGCAGAGUUAAUCAGUAAAGCCCACAUUGAGCCACUGCACUUGAAAAACAAUGCCUGUGCCCUGGCCCAUCGUUUUCUACUUAAACUUGCUAUUUCAUGGUCUAAUUUAUCUACUUCCAUCUCUAGUUUCUCCCAGGUGCCGCCACAAUCCAUCUUCUUCAAGUAUGUUGAUACAUUAAAGUCAAAGUGUGGCCUGAACAGGUUGGCUAAAAGGAUUGUCAGGUGGUUUAAUGAUACUGGUGCUAAUGGGAAGGAUUUUGACUACCGAUUCACAGGUAAGGAUUCAAGAAUGUUUUUGCAUAAUUUUAUGUUCCUGAUUAGUACUCUUGAAGGUCAGGCUAAAAGUCAACAGGCUAAACAGAUAAUUCACAUCCAUGCUUACCUGUGCCUUUGCUUGCGCAAUGCAGUUUCUUUGUUUAGUCGCAUCAACAUUAGUGAUGAGGAAGUGAGUGAACUGAAAGCACAUUGUAGAAAUUUUUAUCGUGGCUAUUGCUUGUAUUUUCAUGUAAAUCCCACAGUAUGGUCUCUUGGCAAUGUUGUUCCACAGCAUACCCAAGAAAUGAAGAUGAGGUAUGGGUUGGGCCUUGGUUUAAAUUCAAUGGAAGGGAGGGAAGCUAAGCACAUUGCAAUAGCAAAAUACUGUGCUAACACUGCUUUUUUAUUUAGAUGGGAACAGGUAUUUAGGCAUGAAUAUAUCUCUUUGAUAUGGCUACGGCAACAGGGUUAUAAUGCAAAAGUAAACACCACAACUACCAGUUCCUAUAUUCCAAAGCGUGUUUGUAUUAACAACCCUGAGUUUUGUAACUGUGGUUUGAACAAACCAGUUUCAGAUAAUGUUUGUAGAUUUUGUAGUGAUGACUUUCGCAGAAUGAUAAAGGAAAGUAUUGAGCAAUGUAAGGUGAUUGAG